AUGUUGUAAUUAUAGGAAUCAAAUUCUUAUUCAGAGAUCAAGCUUCCCUCUAUCGACAUACAUACUACUCAUAGACUUCCUAUUAAAAUGAACCCUAGUUAUAGAUUAAAACACACUAAUCCGAUAAGAGUGCAAUACUUAAGAUAUUUAGAUCGCAGGAGUUUGGAUUAAAAAUUGAAUGAGCCAUUUUGUUUAGAAAGAUUUGCUAAAAUUAACAAUUACUCCUAUGAAACCAGCUAUGAAUAUGAAUUGAAAUGCAGAAAACCCUAGAAAAAGACUUAACCUAAAGAGAAAAAAGUAUAUCAAAAGCCAACUCUAAGAUAUUUCAAUCCAGAAGACUCAGUAAUCCGUUAAGACGAAAUGGAUUUUAUAUUGAAUCCAAAGCCUAAUAAAUCUGUAACGUCAAAUAGCAAAGUCUAUAUUUCUGAAUGA